AUGACGGACCUCAAGAGCAACCGAGAACUGUACCAGCAGUACACGGCCACCGCCCCCAAGCUGCUGGCCCACAUCUCCAAGCUGCUCAUCGUCUGCCGCAAUGCCGGCGUUUCCGUCCCAAAGGGCAUCCGGAACAUCUUUGAGCUCACGUGGGAGGAGCUCAUCACCGACCCCAUGGUGCCCACAGCCUCCAGCAUCACGGGCCUGGAGAUCAGCCUCGGAGCCCCGCCGGUGGUGCUGGUGGAGGCCGCCCCACCCCCGGCCCCCCCACAGAAGAAGGCGCCCCCCACCGCGCCAGCCGCGCCCCCGCCGCCCGCGGUGUCCACUCCGCCAGCCAAGUUCCCCGCCGCCCCCCACAGCCACCAGGUGUCCCCUGGCCAGGAGACCCUGCGCCGGUUCCAGCAGCAGUCCAUCCACCUGCUGACGGAGCUCCUCACCCUGAAGAUGAAGGCCAUGCUGGAGUCCGUGUCCGUGGGUGCCAACCCCAGGGACGUCACCCGGCGCUUCGUGGAGGCCAGCCAGCUGCUCCACCUCAACGCCAAGGAGAUGGCUUUCGACUACCUCAUCAGUGCAGCCGGGAAAGACAGCCACGACGUUGGAAAGCUGUGGAAAGAGUCCCUCAUGAACAUGUCAGCCAUAGGGGUGAACUCACCCUACCAGCUAGUCUACGAGUCCACUACCAGUUGCCUGAGCUUUUCCCUCUCAACCACAAAGGAAGUCAAGAAGAAAUCAGGCAAAUCAAAGUAUUUUGAAGACUCGGCCACGUCACCGCUGCAGCGGGGAGCAGCCUCGGCCUCUGACAUCAUGGAGAUCAACGACCCCUGCCCCGAGGCCCGGGAGAAGCUGCAGGAGAUGUGUCGCCACAUAGAAGCUGAGAGGGUCUCCUGGCGAGGAAGGAAUGUCUUCUACCCCACAUUCAUUCGCAACUACAGGGCAAAAAUGCCCUUUCAUCCAGGGUCAGCCCCCAAAGGGGACGCGCAGGCCCCCAGCCCCCAUCACUACCACUCUUCAGGAGCUCAGGCUGCUGCUCCUGCCCUCCAGUACCCCGUCGCCUCCGCCCACCACGCUCACUUCGGUCGGUAUUCUCAGGAGCUGAAGAUGCCCAAGAAGUCCACCAAGCUGCACUACAGCUUCUAUGACGGCUCCUCCUUCGUCUAUUACCCGUCCGGGAACAUCGCUGUGUGCCAGAUCCCGACGUGCUGCCGAGGGAGAGCUGUCACCUUCCUCUUCAACGACAUGCCCACGUUCUCCUUCCUGGCCCUGCUGAACGCAGAAGGCCAGGGCUGCGUCCACUACAACCUCAAGGCUCGCUGCCCUUACGUCUUGAUACUGGACGAGGAAGGCGGGACCACCAGCGACCACAAGGGCUACGUAGUGCACAAGUGGAGCUGGGCUUCCAAGACGGAGACCCUGCUCUCCCUGGAAUACAAGGUAAAUGAGCAAAUGAAGCUGACCAUGCUGGGGCAGGACUCCAUGGUGGUGACCUUCACCUCCCUGCAGGAGACAGUAAAACUCACUGUGUCCGCCACCAACUGUCCCCAUGGGAUAACUCAAGAUAAACGGCCGACCCAGAGAACCAGCAACUUGGACGACAAGGCGUCCAAGAUGAGCCGAGCCCUGGCGGACAUCAAGAAGCGGUUUCAGAAGACGGUGUCCCAGUUCAUGAAUUCCAUCUUGCUGGCGGCAGGCCUGUUCACCAUACAAUAUCCCGUAAAGGAAGAGGCAGAAAUCGGUCAAGCCAGGAUAAAACCCGGGCCCUAUCCGGACCGGGGCACCAGGCCAAAUUUAUACUCAGAAAUUUUAUUACGAUCUCAGUCGUUCCGACCUGCCUCCUCGAUUACAGAGUCUUCCAAGGAAGAACCGCGGUCUGCUCCUGUGAGCCCUGCUCGGAAGAAGCCAGCCAAGAUCCGGUCCAGAGCCGCCCUCAGGUCGCGGGGGAAGGCCCGAGAAGCGCCCCGCAGCCCCACCAGGUGGGCAGCGCCACCCUCUGACUGCCCGCUGGUGCUGCGGAAGCUCAUCCGCAAGGAAGACACCAGGGCAGGCUGCAGGUGCCUAGUGAGGCCGCCCCAGGUCUCCGACGUGGAGUUGGAGCGCUUCCUGGCCGCGCCCCGAGACCCCAACCAGAUCCUGGUGUUCGGCAUCAUCUCCAGCCAGAGCCCCACCGUGACAGCGCAACUGCAGUGGCUGCUGGACACCCUGUACAGCCACAGGCAGCAGGGCCGCGGCUCGCCCUGCAUCCAGUGCCAGCGUGACCCCUACCGCCUGCUGCGCUACGACCUGGACAGCCCCCUGCAGAAGGACCCGCCCCUGCUGGUGAGGAAGCACGCCGUGCUGCAGGGCAUGAUCCUGAUGUUCGCUGGGGGGAAGCUCCUCUUUGGGGGCUGUGUCUUGAAUGGUUACGGCUACAGCCGGCAGAAUCUGCUGAAACAGAUCUUCAGAGCACGGCAGGAUUGCAAAGCCGGCCACUUCCUGCCUGAGGACUACAAAUUUAGCAUUUCACCCUCCGCGUCUAGCCCGGAAGACCCUGACCUGGCCAAGAAGUCAAAGUCGGGAGACAUCCAAGGAAGCUUCUCCUCCUUAGCUCUGUGGGACAAGGUGGAGAGGGACCCUUCUCCUGAACCUGAGAAGUAG